AACCGACAUGUUUGGAAAAAAAGCAUUAGCAACGACGAUGCAAGUAUAGAAAUACCUGGAUUUUCUGAAUUUACGCGAUUAGAUAAUACAUACAUCUCACUAAAUAAUAAACAAUCAUCUUGUUUUGAUUUAACUUUGAAAUUUGGAUAUAUAUUUGAUAACAAUGUUGUUAUUAAAAAAGCUUCCAAACGAGCAUUUACAAUUGACGUUAACAAAGUUGAAUUAAAAACUGAAAUAAAUAAUGAAAUAGAAAAUGUAGAAAAAUUUGACAGCAAAUUGGAAGCUUUGUUCAAACGAAACUUUAUAUCUUGUAAAAAUAUAUCAAAUCUUUUCCCCUCUCUUUCUGUUUUUCUUGGAGCUACGUCUCGCCAAACGCUUAAUGAUGUAACAACCAUAGAAUAUUCAUAUAGAAAAUGGGAAAAGGAAGAACUUAAGAUUUCAAAAUCAAAUCUUACUCCUACAAAUAAUUUUAUUAUGGAGGUUGAGAAUGCAUUAGAAAGUGAUGAUAAAGAAACUCGGCUUCGUAGGCUAUCAAACGAAUUUGGUAAUUUUUACGCAUGCCGUCUUGUUUUUGGAGGUGCCAUGAUUGAUGAAAUUAGAGCAGAUUUUGAUGGCAAUCAAGACUAUGAAGUUCGGAUCAUCGGUGGAAAUAAAGAAUAUGUUAAUAGUUCCUCUUCAAAACUUUGGGUUAAUUCUCUCAACAAUCGCGAUACUUGGGAUAUUAUUGAAUAUGAUGAAAUUUAUUCAAUAUUUGAUAUAUUGGAUUAUAGUUUACAACAAAAAAUUUUAAAUGUUUUAGGUCACCGCAUUUUAAAAGAUCAGAAAGAUAGAGUCAUUUUUUCUUUACGAAUAGGUUAUAUGAAUGAGCAUACUCCAUUGAUCAUAGUUCAUCUUAAAAAACUACCAUACAAAAAAUAUAAAAACCACCCAAUAAAAUUUGGAUGGAUCAUUGUUGGUCAGCCUACAAAUUUUGACUUUAACCGAAUAAAAUACCCUGUAAUACUUAAAAAUGGUGAACUUCCUGUUUCUAAAGUAGAUAGGCUGUAUGGAAUAGAAUUUUCAAAAUACAGAGAAUUUAAUACAUGUGUUCUUGGGCUACCAAAAAUUAAUUCUAAAUGUUUAAUGCACCUCUCGGUUUAUGAUAUAAAAGAUAUAAAUCAAUUAACGGAUGAUGAAAAGGUUCCGCAGAGAACAGCUUUAUUCUGCUGGUAA